AUGAGGCUCUGCGUUGAAUUUCAAAGGCUCUUCCUAAGCAAAAAUAGGAGAUGGCUUUUUCUAGUGGCAUUAGUUGCCACUACUCACUUGAUGUUUCAGUCUCUGCUGCUUCCGUAUGGAACUGCUCUUCAGUCUUUAUUACCCGACCGAAAGAUUUUGACUGCUGACAAUGCCACCUUCUCAAACACACAUUCCUCUGCAAAAUCCGUGAUGGUUCGCAACCCUCUUACAGUCAACGUUUCAGAAUCUGCAGAAGCUCUUGUGUUUCUUGGAGCGAUUAAAAGCAAUAAGAAUUUUAAUGGUGGAGAGGACAUUGGGCAUUAUGAUGGGCAGAAUAGAGUGGACAGACAAGAACAGAAAAGUAACGCACCUGAAGGUAGCAUUGAUCAUGUGAUUGAAAUGGGUGCAGCUAAUAGGAAGGAGGGCGGUUUGUCCUCCGAUAAAAUCAUGCAUACGAGCAAGAGUCUGGUAAUGCAGGGCAGAGAAUUUGAAAAUCAUACUUUUGUCCCAGUCAUGGCCAGUGAUACACAUAGCGUCUCUUUGGAGCUGACUGUGGAAUUAGACAAUAGAACAUUGUCAGGUGAUAGUCAGUCAGAAACUUUGAGUUUGCCUCAAGAAACGUUGAAAGAUUUGGAAACUGAGUUCCAUUCCACAACACUUACUCCACCUGCCACACCUGCCAGGGCUCUACCAUCUGACACGAACAAUGUGAAAGACUUGAUGUGGAAUGCAAGUAAUUCCUUUCAUUCUGCUGGUGCACAAAAUAUUAGUACAUCUUCGCAAGACCAAUCAUCAGCUACAAUCAAUCCAGGGAAGAAGAAAAUGAGGUGUAAUAUGCCACCUAAAUCAGUUACAACUAUAGAGGAAAUGAACCAUAUAUAUGUGCGGCGCCGAGUAUCUUCUCGUUCAAUGAGGCCAAGAUGGUCCUCAAAAAGGGAUCAGGAAAUUUUAGCUGCCAAGCUGCAAAUUGAGAAUGCUUCAGUUGCUAUCAACAAUCAAGAACUUUAUUCCCCUCUUUUUCGGAAUGUUUCCAUGUUCAUAAGGUGA